CUCCACGACGCAGGAUAUGACACAAACUCACCAAGAUGGCGCCGCCCAAGUCGGGCGAGUUACUGGCCCGGGUCAAUUUUCCCCUGUAUUCGAUAAAUGCAAUUACGGAAAGGCACGUACUGGUCGCGGGAGGCGGCGGGAAGUCGAGGACUGGCAUACCAAACAAAAUUGAGAUAUACGAGCUGGUCCCAACGAAGACAACAUGCAAGGCAGAACCAGUGACGCGCUACCCGACGGGCGACUGCGCCAUCAUGAACUCGACUGUUUUCUUUCACAAGGGGCGCAAGAGCUUCGCGUUGGCUGCAGGCGCCGACGAACACUGCCAGAUGUACACCAUGCGCUACUGCCUCCUUGAGGACUGCCGGGAAGAAGACGGCGACACCAGGUCUGAGCGCGCAGACCGAAGAGGCUCGUCGACAGCGCUGCGGAGGCGGCGGCGGUCCGAGUCGACGUCAUCGUCCAAGGACCACGGUGAGGGCGACAGGCCGGACGGCAAAGUGGAGAACGGAACUGCCAACGGCGUGGUCCACGAGAUCACAGAGUCGGCCAAGUCGGAGCCGGACAAGAAUGCCAACAGCGUUCGUAUCGGCUUCUCGAUUCGCCCAGACACCAGCUUCCAGACGGACUUCUCCACGAAGCAGGAGCCGUUCCAGAAAGUGGUGCGAUUUGCACCGGAAACGGAGGUCCUGUUCACGGGUGGCGCGGACGGCUGUCUUCGAGCCUGGAAGUAUCCCCAGUACAAGAUGAUAUACAAGGUCCAAGCCCACGAGGACGAGCUCGACGACCUGUGCAUCUCAACAGACGAAAAUAAGGUGGUGACGGUGUCUCGGGAUGGCCACGGCUACGUCUGGGACGCCCUAGAUGGCAAACAGGUGUGCGAGCUGACCUUUGUCCCGCCUGGCAACAGCUCCGAGAAGUACAUCUUCAGAGCGUGCAGGUUCGGCAUUGUCGAGGGAGACAAGAGCAAUUACCGCCUGUUCACGAUAUCGAAUGCUGCGGUGCGGAAGAAGCCUGCCUCACGUUGCUACCUGACAAAGUGGGACUUGCGGAGACAAGCUCCUGAGAAAAUCCAGGCCACAGGCACGGACGUCCUGUCAUCGUUAGCUGUCAGCGAGGACGGCCGCUUCCUGGGCGUCGGCCACCUGUCUGGUGCCGUUGAAGUAUACAUCGCCUUCAGUCUUCAGAGACUGUACCGGGCGGAGCACGCUCACAACAUAUUUGUCACGGGACUGGAGUUCCUCAAGUCGUGCGACGAGACCCGGCGCCUCGCGGGCAACUACGACGCAUCCCUCAUCAGCAUAUCGGUGGACAAUCACAUCGUCGCGCAUCACAUACCAUACCCUGCCACUAUGGGAUUUGCAGGCCUGCUCAUCGUGAUUGUCGGAGUGAUUCUCGUUGUUUACGUGCUGAUGGACUUUUAUGGAUUCUGAGGAAAAAGAAAGAAAAGUGUGGUGGCUUCGAGAUCGCGACGCAAGCGGAUGUGUCCGAGUGCCGCCGCGCUCCUACAGAGAAACGACAGCAUUCCAAGCCAAGCGAUCCGCAUCCUCUCCGUUAACGGACUGUUGCCAGUUGUUGCCUUGUUACUAUUGGCCGGUUCCGUUCGCAUUUGUGCCGGCCAUGGUGAUGACCAACUCUUUUUGCAGCCGCUCCGUAGUUACUGCGAUCAAAAUCUUCUCAAGUUGAGCGCACUUUCCGCAAACGUCGCGGGCACGCGCAACUCGACUGAAGUAACCGUAGCAUUUAAGCAUUCUACAUUCACACCGCCCUCGGUUUGGCGUACCUUUCGCAGCAGCAAGGUUUUUAUUUGUAUGUGAAAAACUAGUAGAGGGUCCUCAAAACACUGUUCUCGUCAGUGCCAUAAAAGGAAAAAAGGAUUAAAAAGAGCUGCAGUAGAAUUUCUGGAGUAUUAACAGAAAGCGAUUCCUGCAACUUCUUAGAGACCGCGAGAGAUAUAGACUGAGCACUUAUGAUCCUUGCCACAAUGCUCUCUUGUUACUCCCUUUUUGUUUCUUUUUGUUCAGUGCAUAUUUUAAGCAUUCUAGGUUCCCGAACACGAGUAGUGAACGUUUGCUAAAUUUACUGUUUCGAGACGCAAACGUCGGCGGGGUAUUUUGUACAGUUCUUGCUGAAGAGAAAAAUUUUUUUAAAAAGAGCCCGUUUCACGAUUGGUUCUUCUGUGAUGCUAUAUUUGUACAAAGUAGUUCUAGGUUGUCCAAUGAAAGGUGCAGUUCUCAGUUUUGUUUUUAGGUAUGACGAGUAGUAGUGUGUGUAUGGCUUUUAUUAUUUUUUGGUUUCGUAAUGUUCUUCGAUAGAGAAGGGAGCUUGUCUCAUACGUGCAAUGCAUGAUCAAAACAUUGCUUACAUUCAGUUGUGUGCAUUUGGUAUGAUACAUUAUAACUCGUGGCAGAACAUUGGCUAUACUUUCAAGGCUCCACCUCCCAUCGGCCAGCAGUGGAUGUCUCUGUACUAGUCAUACCUGGAAGGGCUAAUUUCAAAUAAAAGCUAUGCAGUUGAAA